AUGAAAGAUUUAUUCUCAGUAGAAAGUGUUACCUCGACGAGUAUAGCGUCGACUCCAAGCGUAAAGCCACAGCGUUCAUCGCUGAUGAGCGUUUUGUCUCUGGUAGUAGGAAACCGUUCCUCUACAAGCAUAGAAUUCACGCAGGUUAUCAUGCCACAACCAUCGUCAUUGUAUCGUGGAAUCGUAUCAACUUCGAUUCCUGGAGGUAUAGGAUUUCCAAUACCUAAAGGAAACGACGCCUCUGCAAGUGUUCCGGGGAAAAAAAAGACUCAGGGACGGAAAGGCAAAGCUUUGACACUGUUGACUAUAGUGGGAAUAAUAGGAUCGAUAGUUUUGAUCGUCAUCUUUACACCGACUGCAAUAGUUUGCUGGAUAAAAUGCAGAAUUUCUGAGAAGACAAAGCCAGAACAGACAGGUAAGAUUAUACUAAAAUAAAUGAAAAUAGGAAAAGCGUUAGUGAAGGGUUCUAAAUAAUCUAAGCGACAAGGAGCCUCGGCCUAAUAGCCCUCUUGAGUGACUUGAGUGGGAUCCAUAAUUUGCUAAUUCGAAAUAUAUAUAUUUUCGUAACAUUUUCCUUCGCAACACGACAGAUAUCAUGAUAAAAGCGCGAGUCUUCAAUAGUUAACCCACCCUGUCUUCUCUGGAAUGGAAAGUUCAAGCACAGGGGACUGAAUCUUUUAUACGUAGUCGACUUUUUGAAGAUAGAACAGAUCAUAGACAUCAUAUCAAGCCAAAACGAAUGAGCAAAAAGAGAUUUUAUCGCUCAUGGCUUGCUCACUUUUUGGCCGUUUCCACUCAGUGACCUGGCACAAGGAACGCAGAUCGUUUUCAAAAUGAUCUUUAAUUUGUUGUUGCAGAUCCUGCUGGAAUACUAUUGGACCCCUUACGAGACACUGAGAAUUCACCGAGCCGCUCUUUGCCAGGUAAGAUUAUGAUGCUGAUAAUUUUCCAUUCGUUUACCAGGAAAAGGGCCGAUUCCGUAGACCUGAUCAGAGUUCUAAUCCCCAAAUUACUUUACAGCUACUCAGCUCGUUGGCAAACCUUGAAUUUUGUGUACGUUUUCUUCACUGUUUUGAGGAUGACUAAUUUUUUUUCUCUUUCGAACCUCUCCGUGUUCUUACAACUUCCCAAACAGUUUUUUAGAACUCUUUACCUCUCCAAAAGGGUUACACAUUUGUCAGCAGGAAUAUUGCUUUUUUUGUGUAAUUAUUAUUACUGGUAGAGAUGUUGAUAGCCAGGCCUCGUUAAAAAUGUCAGAAGUCGGUCAAGGCUUGUGAUUUUGAAGUGACUCUUCAGUUGAAAAAAGAAAGGUUCAGCCACCGGGCCAGACGUAUAGACCUAAAUGUUGUGUGUGAAAAAAUGCCCCCCUUUUUAUCUCUUUUUCAUACUUUUUGGUACCUGUUGAACACUCCCGUUCCCCCUUCGCUCAGACAAAAUGACCCCUGAGAAGGUACCUGUAUGAGUCACUCUAACUCUGAAGACAAUCUCAUUUGGGUUUUUUUUUUCACCAUUUGAUUUUCAGAAAUCGUUGGCUCUUUUCAAAACAACACUGACUCUGCUGAAAGUUUAAUGGCUUCUCAAGGAAGUGAGUCCUUAGAUGGUGAGUGGUUCAAAAUUUUCACGUGCCUAUUUACUAGGUUUAUUUCAGUGAUUUUCUUUAGCACUCAGAUAAAUGGAAGCCAAAACCGCACUAUUGUUUCCCUGUGAAAUUGCCUUCUUGAAUUCUUUUAGUCUCCGUUUGAGCAAAAUGGUAAUAGCUAAACACCCGUGAAAUAGUUCUCUGAACAAAGCCCUUCACUUGGCGAAGUUCCUCAUGAGCGCUGUUGCCUCUUCUCUGAUAUCCAAUGCAAUCAAAAAGUUUUAUUUUUUUAUAGUUUUUAACAAGACUUGCAAAACAAAAUGCCUGAUUUUAACCGUUAAGUUUGAUGAGGGCCAAACUGAAUGAAUCACAUACACUCUCUCCCCUAUCAUCAUACCUUUCCAUUUAUGCAAUAAUCCCCGGCAACUGGAAAAGCCAAAUUGUCAGUGAAUUCACCAUAAUUAAAUUCAUUCAAUUACAGUUCGCCGUGAUGGUCAAGGAGACGACAAAGAUUUUGUUCUUACGAAUGACAUCCCCGAAGGUAUGGAAAUGAGUGACAAGUAAUGAAUCCCCGUCCUUUGAGUGUAAGAUCAAUGUUAUUAGCAACUUAAGAAGCCUUCAUCACUCCCAGUUCCCGCCUGCAGUAUCCACUCGUCUUCUAGGCGUUAGCGGGCAGCUUCCACCGGGGUGUCCUCAAAUGAGCAUUAUUGUGAUGAUGAUGAUGAUGAUUAUAAUGGUCACUUUUUUUUCCUUUUGACUUUGUUAAUUUGAUUGUUCUUUCGUUAUAUUAGACUUCAAGCUCGCCGACUUUCCAUAUGAUGUCGAGGAUUCUAUUCUGCGACUAGAUUCUGAUUCCUCGCCAGUUCAAAAGAACUGGAAACAUGUCGCUUACGGGUAUGGAAUUAUCAAUCAAGACAUUCAGGUGUUGGAGAUAGAGAGCAGGAAGCCAGGAGUAAGCGCAAUAAGGCUUUUGAUGGGAAAGUUGUGCAGUUCCAAAUGUGCGACUCUAAAAGAGUUCGUAGACGUCCUCCAGGAGCUGGAACGCAAUGAUGUUGCCAACGACAUUAUCAGCUGGUUUAGGAAAAACAGGACAGAUGUCCAGAGGAGGGUAAGAAUUGACAAUACCCAGAAGACUGUUGGGUGUUUCUUUAAUAUCAGUGACAGUUGAGAGUUAUUGAGUCGGUCAUGUAAAUAACGUAACUGAUUUUGUGUAUUUAGUAAAAUCAAAGUGAUCUGGACAAAAUUUUUGGAAAGUAGGGAUACACGUUGUUUGAGAGAUUUUGUUUUAAGAUUAGACUACAGGAUCUUUUUAAACAGGUGUUUUGAAGAUUUAGGCAAUUUUUGUAUUGAAAUUUAUAUUAGGUAGUUCGGUGAAAAUUUUACAUAAUUUUUCUAGGUUUUUGUAACCUUUUUAACCUUUGCUCUUAGUUUUAAAGUUGUAUAUAAUUUUAGGUAACGCUCUUAAGUGCAAUUGAGGACGAAGUUUUUUUUAAUGUUGUGCAUGGUCAGAGUUUCUUUAUUGCAGGAAAAUGUGCCGUUAUCCUUUAUAUCUGAAUGUUUCACAUUUCAAACAGGCCAGUGGUAUAGAACACGGAAGGUUGUCGGAAGUUAUCUUUCCUUAUAGUAUUCCUUAAUUUCGGUUUUCAAUUUACUAUGAGAGGCUGAGAAAAUACUGCGGCCUAAUUCACUUGGCAUUGCUUGAUCUCACAUUGAGAAGAAAGUAAGCACUGCGUGCUGAAUCUAUUUUAACAGGGAUAUUUUCGAUAUUAUGCAUGCUCUGAAGUCAUCCUGUAUGAUGUGACCAGCCGAAGUUUUAAACUUGGCUUAGUCAGAUUAAUUACUUUUCCAUCGAGUGUCGAAGUAACUUGAUUUGUUGAUAUUUCAUUGUGCCGUCGAGAAAUUCGCACCACAACAUAGCCAGAUGCAAAACUGAAACCAAUCGCGAAUUAGUAAAAGGAAUUUUUCCAAGAGCACAAAGCAGCUCUCAUGCGUUAAUUUACAGACUUUAAGCUCUCUCACAGGUUUCUCAGUUAUAACGUUUAAAUUAAAGUUGUUUGAUUGGCCACUGUGAGUACUUUGCUUUUGAAUUCACGACCCGCAAUUAAAGAGUUCCUUCCCAAUGAUAAAUUCUGAGGUAGUAAUGAGUCUUGUAUCAUUGUAGUUUAUCUUUUUUAGUUAAGUAUUGGGGCAUAGCUCGAUGA